UGGGUGUUUGGGUGAAUCAUGACUAGGUCUCUCUUUUCCCCUCUGUUGUGAUUCUGACUCUCCCAUCACACAGUAACAUCCUGAUGAAUUGUUUUGCUGCAGCCCCCCCAGGAGCCUGGAUAUGUCCAGCGAGACUGAGGGAGAGACGCAAGUUGGAGAACUAGAGCGCAGGCCCCAGCAGGGAUAACUGGUCCCUGAAGACAGAUCAGCAGCUCCUGGAUCUCCACAUCCAGGCUCCGCGAGAGAAUAUGGAAACGGCAGAGCCAACAGGCCCCAAAGCAGGGAAUGAGCUGGAGAGAGACGGGAAGGAGCCAGUCCUGGGAUCAACCAUCUCAGUAAGUCCUCGAUGGUCCCGCACCGGAUGGCGACAGCUGAGGACCGAGCAGUGUGACAGGAUGUCCCAGUAUUGGAAAGAUCAACUUCAGGAGGAGCUACAGAGCUUACGGACACCUGCUGAGGUUGUGCCGACAUCAGUCCCUGCAUCAAAAAACCCUCCGCUGCUGGAUUUGACCCCAGAGGAGGAUAUUGAGGCCUAUCUGGCUUCCUUCGAGCAAGUGGCUGAAGCCUGCCAGUGGCCCAGAGGAGAGUGGGUGACCCGCCUUGUGCCAGCCCUCAGUGGAAAAGCUCGGCAGGUCGUUAGCAGCCUGGAUGCCAGAGAUGCUGGAGAUUAUGGGAAGGUGAAGGCAGCUGUCCUGCGAGGGUGCGACAUUGGCAUGGAGACACAGCGCCAGCGCUUCAGGCAGUUCCGCUACCAGGAGGCCGAGGGGCCCCGGGCAGUUUUCUGCCGACUCUGGGAACUCUCCCAUCGAUGGCUGAAGCCGGAGAUCCGCACCAAGGAGCAGAUCAUGGAGCUGCUGAUCCUGGAGCAGUUCCUGACCAUCCUGCCCGAGGAAAUCCAGAGCUGGGUCUGGGUACGUCACCCGGAAACCUGUGCCCAGGCUGUGUCCCUGGCCGAGGAUUUCCAGCUGGGACAGCGAGAGGCUGGAGUGUGGGAGCAGCAGGUCACAGUGCGUGUGAAGGUCGAGGAAGUGACCCCAGAGGAGGUGGAGACCCCUGAAGCAUUAUGGGAAUCUCCGAGCUCCCAGCUGGAGCCACCACAGCCCAAUACCACGUGGGGAUCCCAGGAGGAGGUAGGACGGAGCAAGUACAAGUUGCCACAUGCCCCUGAAGAGGAGAUGGAAGCUCUACAGGAAACUGCAGGUGCCAGGAUCCUGAGCAGAGCGGAGGAGCAGCCCAAUUUGGGAGAGCAAGAAAACUUGGAUCUGGCCCGAACAUCGCAAGGCGGAUCAGGAGAGAGUGUCGCCCGCAGACUUGAGCGGGAAGAAGCCUGCACGAGGCAGAAGAGAAACUCAGCUGGGAACGAGCGAAUUCCACCAAGGGUGUUCCCACAGCUCCCUGCUCAAGGGAUACCUGGGGUCGUAAGAGAUCUUAAAAGCCAGGAGAGCAGCGUUCACAGGAUGGAGAAACCCCACAGAUGUCGAGACUGUGGGGAAAGGUUCUGGGAGAAGCAGGACCUCAUGGCCCAUGGGAGAGUCCAUGAGAAGGACAGACCCUAUCCCUGUCCUGAAUGUGGGAAGAGCUUCAACAGACUGACCCAUCUCCGAACCCACCAGAGAACCCACACGGGAGUGAAACCCUAUUCCUGUGGGGAGUGUGGGAAAAGCUUUGGCCACCUCUCCACGCUGACCACGCACCAGAGACUGCACACAGGGGAGAGACCCUACUCCUGUGCUGAGUGCGGGAAAACCUUCACCAACCCCUCAGACCUCAACAAGCACCAGCGCUCCCACACGGGCGAGCGGCCCUACCCCUGCGCCGAGUGCGGGAAGCGCUUCAGCCAGCAAUCAAAUCUGACAAUGCACCAAAGAAGUCACACCGAGGACAGACCGUACCCCUGCACCGAGUGCGGGAAGAGCUUCAAGUACCUCGCUGAUCUCACCGUGCAUGAGCGCUCCCAUACGGGCGAGCGGCCCUUCCCCUGCCCUGAGUGCGGGAAGAGCUUCAGUAACAAAUCCUCUCUGGCUCGUCACCAGAGAAUCCACGCCAGAGCCGCAGCCAGAAACAAGUGAGGCCUGCCGGCCAAGAGUGCCACUCCAGCUGUGUGUGUAUAAUAACGUGAAGUAGAGGAAUGGAAACAGUUAGUGCAGGAACUGGGAGAAAUCAGCCCCCUUCUCCCAGUACCAGUUCCAUCCCUCCCUCACAGACCCCAUGAGGUGGAUUAAGAACCAUGAGAACAGAGGGUGGCUUCACCUUAUGCUCUGAGGAGUCCCAACUCCUGAAACCCCUGAGCAGGGACUGCUCCCUUACCUACUCAGCAAUUGAGCAGCCUGUCUCUUGUGUCCACAUGAACAUCAGUUAAUCUGCUCUGGUUUCCCUGUAGCUUCUCUAAGGGCUGGUCUGAGGCCUACUACAGGCUCUCUGUAUUUCUGCUGUUUUGGGGUGGGGUGGGGUGUGUGUGUUUGUUAUAACCUAGGGACUUGCCCAGGCUGUGAGCAGGUCAUUCGAGAUAGGGAAGGGAUUUCUCCCAGGGGUUUGGAGGCCCAAGAUCUCUCAGCUCUAUGAGGAAAAAGAACCAAAGAAUUCCUCAAGGGCUGCUGCUUAUGUCAAACUCACAAGGUGACAUCAGACCCAGCACUGCUGGGAACUGUGGAUCCAGGGGGAGGUGUUUGGCCACAUCUGUGUCAACCAGCUCUGCCUCUGUGGCCUGCACAACCACCCUCUCCACACUCCAGACUUUCCAAGCCCUCCAAUGUCACUCUGUAACUAUGCCCAAAGUCUGCCGCAUCAUCCCAUCUCCUGAGAGGAGCUUCCUGCUAUUGCCUGUCCCAAACUAAGCAUUUAUGUUUGCUAUGUAAUUAAUCGUGUGUGUUUAUUCAUUGCCUCAUUAGUUUGCUGCUCCUGCCCUGCUCGUCGCCAUGUUAACUCUUUAUUUACUGCUCUGUCUCUGCAAUCUGCUUUUUUUGUGUGUGUGUGUGUGUCCAUACUCUGUGACUGCUCAACUGCCCAUCAGUACAACUAUCGCUUUAGCUGUGUCUUCUGAGAUUUUGAGCAUGUAGCCUUGAUCCUGCAAUGAGCUCUCCACAAGCAAGAUUCAGGGCCUUUAUUUUUAUUGACUGACCUACCUCGUCUGCUGCUUUUCUGAAUUGCUGGUAUUUUUUAGUUGAAGUGUGUGAACAGUCAUUGUAAUUAAGUGAAUAGUGUUCAUUAUUGGUUAUUGCUCUACAUACUUAAUUCUUAUUAGUCACUUGACAUGGUCUAACUGCAUUAUUAUGUCCCUUAAUUAGCUAUCCUGUGUCAUUUGCCCUUUGUCACUUUUGUUUCUUGUUAUCUGCAGUCCUGACUUCCCAAUCACUAUAAUGAUGGUUUAUCAGACUCCUGGGGGGUUUCAGUUUGUCAAACAAUAAGGGAGAGAGGCAGAAAUUGGGACGAUUGGGGAGAGGAGACCUCAGACACUUAUCGGGGAGACUGAGAUGUGCAUCGGGACACUGGGCAACAUGAGGAUCAGUGGUGCAGCCUGAUCUGGAUCCUAUGUGCUGAACUGGGGCACCCGGUUGCAAACAAGAUAUUGCAGAACUAGAGGAGGUUCAGGG